AACACUAACAAUAAAAAUAAUAAACUGCAUAUACUGAUAUAAGGUCUUCAAUGAAAACCCAUUGACGGCUGAUUUUCUUUUUUUAUCGUCACGUGACCUCAGUAUUUCCCACAGUUCCGCGGGCUCCUGAACGCAGCACAGUUUACAACAUGGCGGCCCCCAUGGAAGGGAGGUGUAGCUUCUUCGUGGCAAAAAAGAAGCGUUUCUGUAAGAUGAUUGUGGGAAAAGGGAAACUCUACUGUGGAGAACACGCGAACAUGGAGGAGGGGGGGUGCAGCGGGAGGAUCGUCUGUCCUCUGGAUCCCAACCACACCGUCACCAAAGACAAACUGGAGAAACACCUGAAGAGAUGCAACUCCAGACAGAGAGACUCACCGGUUUAUUACGUGGAAAACAGAAACGGUGGAUCAGCUGAUGAAGACGAGAAACUACAACAGGUGAGCUUGUCUGAGCGCAGCAGGACAGAGUUGGAGUCGUUGGUCGUCAAACUGAAGACGGCCGUCAAAGGUCUUGAGUUGGACGUGGACGUUCUGUCUCAUCCUGUCCUACAGGACGAACUCAACAACCCGAAAAACGGAGACUCCGCCCUCAAACACCUGAAGCAGCAGUCCUCCAUCUUAGGUCACCUGGAGCAGCUGGGGCUUCUGGGAGGUGGUCGAUGCUUUGUGGAGUUCGGAGCGGGUCGAGGGAAACUGUCCCACUGGAUCCACGAAGCUCUGAAAACCAGCGAGGGACCAGAAAACAAAGACCUGACGAUGCUGCUGGUGGAGCGCUGCAGCACCCGCUUCAAGGUGGACGGGAAGCAUCAGGAUGCUGGGGUUCAGUUUGAGAGGCUGCAGGUGGACAUCCAACAUCUGGACCUAAGUAAGGUCCCUGUGCUCCAGAAGAAGAAGCUCCCGCUGGUUGGAGUCGGUAAACAUCUGUGUGGAGCAGCGACAGACAUGGCUCUGCGCUGUUUACUGGAAUCACCCAGACACGGAGAGGAGAAUGAACCACCCCAGAAACGCCUCAAACCUCCAGAAUCAUCGAAGGCAACAGAUGAUCCAGAACCACCAGAAUCUCAUCCUGGCCCUGGUCCUGGUCCUGGUCCAGGUCCGGUGCUGGGCAUCGUGGUGGCGCUGUGCUGCCAUCACCGCUGUGAGUGGCGUCACUAUGUAGGACAGCGGUUCUUCCAGCAGAGAGGACUCGGAGCUGCAGAGUUCUCAGCUUUCUGCCGGAUGUCCAGCUGGGCCACAUGUGGUCUCAGACCGGCCAAUCAGGACCAGACCAAUCACAGAAGGGAUGAGGGAGGCCACGAGCCGGCGGAGGAGACGGAUGCUGUCAAUGGGUUUCUGACGGUGUCGGAGCGUGAGGUCGUGGGUCGUCUCUGCAAACUCUUGAUCAACAGCGGCAGACGAGAUUUUCUGGAGACGAAAGGAUUCAACAGCAAAUUGAUUCAAUACGUAGACGAGGACGUGACUCUGGAGAACGUGUUACUCACCUCCAUACCCUCCUCUUGCUCCUCCUGCUCCUCCUCAGAUUAAUGACUCAGACUUUUUGUUCUUAUAAAAGUUUUAUUGUUUUAUUGUCUAAAAUCAAACUAAAAGUUUAUUAAAGUUUGUACAAAGUCA